AAAAAAAAAAAUGGCUACUGCAGUCAAGCAAGAUAUGCCUCCUAAAGGAGGCUACCCUGGUAUUACAUACGCCAAGAACAUUCCUAAAAAAGGGCCGUCUGGUCUGGUUAUUAUGUUGGGAGGUGUGGCAACAAUGGCUAUUGGAUUUUAUGGGAUAAAGCUAACAAACAAGAAAAGAAGGGAGGACACAAAGUACCAGCUGAGAGCCAGACUAGCACUUUUACCACUAUUGCAAGCAGAGGAAGACAGAAAAGUGCUGCGGGCAAUGAAGGCCUUUGAGGAGGAAGAGGCUCAAAUAAUGAAGGAUGUCCCAGGCUGGACUCCUGGUGAUAGUGUGUACCAUACUAAAAAAUGGCUACCACCCCACCCUGCUCUGCUAAAAGAUUUGGAUAAAUGAACCAUUACAAUUUUAGUGUUGUUCUGUCCUAGAUUUUAGUGUUUGUUUGUCACUCACUUGCUGUGUUAGAAACAUUACGCAUAAUUAUGAAUAUUUAACCUUUUGG